UAGUUCAUCUACUAAUGGCGCACCACGCGACCCCCUUAUACUCGACAGCUGCCGCGCUGUUGCUGAUACUGCUCCCGCUGUCCGCCGGAGCAGCACCAGCGCCAGCGCAGAUAGGGAUGCCGGGCUGCGACACCAGCUGCGGCAACUUGAGCGUGCCAUACCCGUUUGGCAUGGGCCCGUCUCGUUGCUACCACUCGCCGGGAUUCAACCUCACCUGCGACCGGUCAAGUAACCCGCCGCGGCUCCUCGUCGGCGACGGCACCCUUCAAGUCUCGGAACAGAUCAACACCGAUUUUGACUUGUUAGCCGUCGUUUACACUGACGACAUCAAAAUCGACAGUGGUGGCCACGGCAGGCUGGGCGGCGGGCUCAGCGACGACGGGCCAUACGUGCUGUCGCGGUACAAGAACCAGCUCAUCCUUUUGGGCUGCAACGUGCGCGCGACGUUGAAGAACGGCAACAUCACCAUGAGCAGCUGCUCCUCCCUGUGCCCGAACGACUACGAGGGGCUCUCGUCCGAUUCCGACGAAAGGCUGUCCAGGCCGGAUAGAAGCAUGUCCUGCUCCGGCAUUGGGUGCUGCCAGGCGCCCAUCGUCGUCUACCGCGAGGUACUGGCUGGAUCAAACGAGAUCGUCCCAAUCACGUCGUACGACGUGGAGCUAGAGUCCUUUGGGUGGAACCGCAGCGAGGCCCAGCUGUGGCCGCCGCGCGUGUUCAUCGCCGAGGAAGGCUGGCUUGCGACAUGGAGCCUCUCACACCAGCUCUCUACGCGCGGCGUGUCGAUGGAAGUUCCCAUCUGGCUCGGCUGGGAGGUCAUCGAUGACCACCAGGACGACACAGAUCAGCUGCAGCGGUCGUCCUCGCCUGCGUCGGCGUCAGAGUGUUCUAGGGAUGCGGCCAACAGUGUCUGCAAGAGCAGCAACGCGGACUGCAGAAAACACCAAAGAGGCGGCUACACGUGCUCCUGCAAGUCUGGUUACGAGGGCAAUCCCUACAUCACCAACGGAUGCCAAGACAUCGACGAGUGCAAGGAUUUAGAAUUUUACAAGUGUUAUGGUCAAUGUACCAAUAUGGAUGGUUUAUUUCAGUGCCAGUGCCCACAUGGGACCCAUGGCGACCACUCCACGCCCGGUGGUUGCUUCAGUUUGCUGGGAGGUAAUUGUAUCACAUCAUGCGGCAACUUGAGUGUGCCAUACCCGUUCGGCAUUGGGCCGCCCAAGUGCUAUAUGCCAGGUUUCAACCUCACCUGUGACACAAACCACCAACCUGCGCGACUGAUGCUUGGCACACUUCGAGUUGUUGACUUCUCUCUCCGCAACAACACGAUGCGAGUUAUCAAUGCUGACCGAGUCAAUAAUUUCUUUAUCGGUGAAAGCAUUCACGACAUCAUUUAUGAGAUGGGUUAUGGAGAGGUGGUGCCCUACUCGUUGUCAACCAUCGAUGAAUUUAUCCUCAUCGGAUGUGGCGUGCAGGCGGUGUUGUCCAACACUGAAAACAACCGGGUCAUCCUCAGUAAUUGCUCCUCCUUCUGCCCGUCAAACAAGAGCGGAAGCUACAAUGCCACAACAGCUGCUAGUUUCGGUGACAGCGAGUACUGCUACGGCAUGGGUUGCUGCCAGGCACACAUAUCGAAGUCGAGGAAUGGCAUGCCCAGUGAUUUCUCGAUUGAUUGGAUAGAUCCUAACAUUGCCUCCGAUGGGUCAUUUCCACAGGCAUAUGCGUUCAUCGCAGAGGAAGGGUGGUUGAACAAGCGUUGGCUCUCUGCCCGGCUUCCAUUAGCGCCGUUCACAAACGAUCCAGCACCCCAACUUGAGGUUCCCAUUGUUCUAGAUUGGGAGGUCUUACAAUUGCAGCGUGGCAUCUCGCACCAGCCAACCAAUGUGAGCUCAUCGCUGCGUCAACAACAAUAUCUCAAGUGUCCUGGCAUCUGUAGCAGCAAGAAUAGCAUCUGCAAACAAAUGACCAGAGGCUAUUCAUGCCACUGUAGUGAGGGUUACGACGGCAAUCCCUACCUUGACGGAUGCAAAGGCGGUGUGCACAAAGACUUUAAAGGUAUGAGCACUGGAGCUGCUGCUGGAGCGGGGCUCGUACUUCUGUUUCUUAUUGGAUUUUUCAUUGCUAAGAAACUAAAACAGCGGAGGGCUCAAAUGUUAAAAUGUAAGUUCUUCCACCAAAAUCGUGGACAAUUGUUGCAACAGUUGGUACCCCAAAGUGCUGGUAUUGCAGAAAGGAUGAUCAUAACAUUGGAAGAGUUAGAGAAGGCGACCCGUCAUUUUGACAAAGAUCUCGUGGUUGGCGGAGGAGGUCAUGGUAUUGUUUACAAAGGGAUACUGUCAAACCAACAUAUUGUAGCCGUCAAGAAACCCAAGAAGGUGUUGAAGAAUGAGAUCAAUGAAUUUAUAAAUGAGGUAGCUAUCCUAUCACAAAUUAACCAUAGAAAUGUAGUAAAACUCUAUGGUUGCUGCCUUGAAACUGAAGUCCCAAUGUUGGUCUAUGAGUUCAUAUCUAAUGGGACACUUUACGAGCAUCUUCAUGUCCAAGGACCAAAAUCAUUAUCUUGGGAUGACAGGUUGCGGAUAGCCAUUGAGGCACCAAAAUCACUUGCAUAUCUUCACUCGGCUGCAUCAACACCUAUCAUUCAUAGAGACAUCAAGUCUGCUAACAUACUUUUGGAUGAUACUCUGACAGCAAAGGUAGCGGAUUUUGGAGCUUCCAGGUAUAUUCCAAUGGAUAUAUCUGGGGUUACAACAAGGGCUCAAGGUACGAGAGGGUAUUGGGAUCCUAUGAACUUUUACACAGGGCGAAUAACUGAGAAAAGUGAUGUCUAUAGCUUUGGGGUCAUCCUUGUGGAGCUGCUAACUAGAGAGAAACCAUUUUCAUAUUUAUCAUCAGAUGAAGAGAGUCUUGUUUCACAUUUUGCCAGCUUGUUUGAAAAAGGGCAACUGCUGCAUAUAUUAGAUCCACAAGUCAUGGAGGAAGGAGGGAACGAAGUUGAAGAAGUAGCAAGUAUCGCGGUAGCUUGUGUAAAGUUAAGGAGAGAGGACCGCCCAACCAUGAGACAAGUGGAGUUGACACUGGAAGGCACACAUACAUUACCGAGGCAAACUUCAGAUAAUGCAUCUCCAUCCACAAAAGUUGAAAGCAACACUAAGGGAUCGACCAGACAUUAUAGUAUGGAACUUGAGUUCCGACUAUCUGCGGAGCACCCUCGGUAGUUUUCCUUACAUGCAAAAUAAAUGGAGAUAUUGAAAUUCUAUGUUAGUGAUUUCCAUGCAUUUAGUUGGCUUAUACAAAUGUGCUCUCAAGAGUGCUUUAUUUUGUUGUACCAGGCCUACUUAGUGUAAGCUACCUAUUUUUGUCGAACACACGCAGCAGAAGAAAUAAAGCAAGACUAGAGCCCUGCUUCUUGUGA